AUGGUGGGGGGUAGGGGGGGGUUUGUGGUGUGGGGGGGGGGGAGGAAGGGGGGGGGGAUUGGUGGGGGGGUGGGAAAGGGUAUAGGGUUAUGGGGUGAGAUAGGGGGUGUUGGGGAGUUUUGGGGGGGGAUUGGGUUAUGGGGGGGGGUGGUAGAUGUUUAUUGGGUGGUUUAUAAUGGAGGGUUGUUGGGGGGUUGUGUGUGGGGGGGGGGGUUUAAAUUUGUGUGGGAGUUUGGAGGGGGGAUUGGUAGGGGGUGGGGGGUGGGUGGGGGGUGUGGGUGUUUUGAUGUAUGUGGGGUGGGUGGGGGAUUUGGGUGUUGGUGUAGAUGGUUGAUGAGGGGGGUAGGGGGUGGAGGGUGUAGUGAAGUAGGGGUUUUGGGGGGGGGUUUUGGUGUUUGGUGGGGGGUUUGGUGGGGGUGA